UACAAACAACAAUUUACAAAGAAAAGCAUCAAACCUAUAAAGUGGGAACAUGGUUUCUUAAAAAAGCAAUGUCUUGAAAUAAAAGAUCAGAAUAUUUGUUGCUGCCCACAUCUUCCUAGGUAAUGUCCUAAAGCUGAUUAUCUCCACACCAAAAUGGCAGCAGUCUUUUUUCAGCUUAGCUUAACUAGAGGUCUCGAGUUCAAAUCUUGAUAAUGCAGCGACAGUUUAAAGGGCGAAUUUUUCCGGGUUUGGAGCGUAACUUGGCUUGAACCCGGAUUAGUCGAAGUCGAAAAGGUCAAGAUAGUGAGUUUAGUUUGCAAAAAGAGUAUGGCAUCCAACCAAAACUUGAAGGACCUGCAAUGUGUACUGCAAGAGUUAGAAUCAGGAACCAUAAACUUGCAAAAUAUUUCCUUCUUUCUUUCUCAUCAAACUUCAGGCUGUUACCAAGAGACAGAAUCAUCCAUCAACAUAAACUUUUCAAAAGAGGACAAUGCUGUCUUCUGUUACCUCCUUACACAACUCUCAACAAUGAAGAUAAACAGCACCAGUUCCUUAAGAAACUUGGAGUUCCAUAGAGUUUUAUGGGAAGCUGAGUAUAUGCAGAGCCUGAAAUCGUUGCUCGAAAGCAGCUCAGGAAUCAAGCAAAUCGUGUUUCGAAGAAAUGAUUUUAGUUCAGACUGUUUGAAGGAGUUGUCAGAGAUUCUGAAAGGAAAUGAAAAUGUUAAGGAACUCAUAUUUUGUGAAUCAAGUAUUGGAACAAGAGGUGCUGGGAUAAUAGCUGAUACUUUAAAGGUGAAUAAUACCUUAGAAGAGUUGCAAAUUUGGGAAGACUCAAUUGGGUUAAGAGGUGCAGAGGAGCUAUCUAAGAUGAUUGAAGUUAACACAUCUCUGAAACUACUGACAGUAUUCGAUUACAGCUCGUUGACAGCAACACCGCUAAUUUCAGCAGUUUUAGCAAGGAAUAGAGAUAUAGAAGUUCACAUUUGGAGCUUAGAAAAGCAUGAAAAAUGCACAAAAAUAGUGGAGUUUGUACCAGGAAAUAGUACACUCAGAAUAUACAGGCUUGACAUAUCAGGAGCUUGCAGAGUUGCCUGUGCUCUCGGGAUGAACACGACAGUUAAGGUUCUCGAUAUGACAGGAGUUAGAUUGAAAUCAAAAUGGGCGAGGGAGUUUAGAUGGGUGUUGGAGCAGAAUAAAACUUUAAAAGAGGUGAUAUUGUCAAGAUGUUGUUUGAAAGAUAAAGGAGCAGUCUAUAUAUCAGCAGGUCUAUUUAAGAACAGAAGUUUGGAGAUUUUACAUAUUGAUAAAAACUGGUUUAGUGGGGUAGGAGUAGAACAUUUGCUUUGUCCAUUGAGCAGAUUUUCUGCACUUCAAUACCAAGCAAACACGACAUUGAAAUCUCUUACAUUUGGAGGCGAAAGGAUGAGGAUAGGGAGGGUUGGUUUGGAAGCGAUCCUACAGAUGAUCACGACUAAUGAAAGCGUCACUAGGCUCAGGAUUCUUGAUGAUCAGGGACUGAAACCUGGUGACAUUGUCAGAAUUAUCCAGAGUUUGGAGAAAAAUGCAUCAUUGAAGUAUUUGUCUUUAAAGGGUUGUAAGGGGGUAAAAGGGGAGAUGGUUUUACAGGUGAUUAUCGAAAUCUUACAGGUUAAUCCUUGGAUUGAGGAGAUUGAUCUUGAGAACACACCAUUGCAUAAGGCCGGAAUGGCUGAAGGAAUAUAUCAGAAACUUGGGCAGAAUGCAAAGUCUGAACCAGAUGUGGAUAUGUUCAAGGACAUGCCUAUGAUUACACCGAAGAGCACCAGGGUUUUUAUAUGUGGCCAAGAAUCUGCAGGUAAAACCACACUUUGCAAUUCAAUGUCUUAUAAUUUUUCAUCAACGAAACUACCCUAUGCAAACCAAGUCCGGACAUUGGUAAACCCAGUUGAGCAAGCAAUUAAAUCAUCAGAAGGGAUGAAAAUCACAAGUUUCAAAGAUGAAGACACAAAGAUUUCCAUAUGGAAUCUGGCUGGUCAGCAAGGACUCUAUUCUUUGCAUGACUUCAUGUUCCCUGGCCAUGGAAGUGCAUCAUUUUUCCUAGUCGUAAUAAGUUUGUCCAGAAACACGAACAACAAAGAGACUAAAAACCCAGCUGAGAUUGAAGAAGACUUAAAAUAUUGGCUCAGGUUCAUAGUCUCUAACUCAAAAAGAGCAGUCCAACAAUGCAUGCUACCAAAUGUGACCAUAGUCCUAACACACUUUGAUAAGUUCACUCAACCCUCUCAGAACUUUCAGGCUAUUGUCAACUCGAUCCAAGGAUUGAGAGACAAUUUUCAAGGGUAUAUCGAGUUUUAUCCUACUGUGUUUACAGUUGAUGCGAGAUCAUCAACAUCUGUUAGUAAACUCGCUCAACAUAUAAGGAACACGAGCAAGAUGAUCCUACAAAGGGUUCCUCGAGUCUAUGAGCUAUGUAAUGACUUAAUCGAGAUACUAUUGGACUGGAGGAAAGACAAUGACAAGCCUGUUAUGAGUUGGAAAGAAUUCAGUGCACUUUGCCAAGUUAAGGUUCCGCCUUUAAGUGUUCGGUCCAGGUUUGAGAACAGAGACAAAACGGAAAUGAGAAGGCGAGUAGUUGCUGGCUGCCUUCAUCAAAUAGGAGAAGUUAUUUACUUUGGUGAUCCUGGUUUUUUUGUACUAGAUUGUGAAUGGUUUUGCCAAGAAGUUCUAGGACAAUUAGUCAGAUUAAAUGUUCGAAAGCAAGGUUCGAAAAAUGGAUUCAUUAGUAGGCAAGAGUUAGGAAAAAUACUGAAAGGGAGUUUUCAGAGUCAGAUUCCAAGGAUGGGUUCUAAGAUUUUUGACAAUUUGGAGGUUGGUGAUCUUGUGAAGGUGAUGCUGAAAGUUGAACUUUGUUAUGAACAAGACCCAAAUGAUCCAAACUCUGCUGUAUUCGUCCCUUCAUUUCUUGAAGAGGGGAGACAAAAACCACAAAGAUGGCAGUUCAGUUCAUCUGAUUGUGUGUACGCAGGACGACAUCUUGAAUGCGAUGAUUCAAGCCACACAUUUCUAACUCCGGGCUUCUUUCCUCAACUACAGGUACACCUCCAGAAUAAAAUCAUGGCACUGAAGGACCAGCAUGGAGCAACUUACAGCUUGGAAAACUCUCUCAUUUCGAUCAACAUCAAUGGCAUCGAUGUAAGAGUUGAGCUUGGAGGAAAGUUAAGCCAUUACAUCGACAUCCUGGCGUGCUCUACCAAGAAUCUAACAGAAACACUUCGACUCAUCCACCAGCUCAUAAUCCCAGCAAUUCAUGGCCUAUGCCAAGGAGUUCUAUUGAUCGAGAACAUCAUCAGACCUGAAUGUGUGAAAACUUUAACACCUCCAAGAUAUAGAAAAACACAGUUUCUUGCACUACAGAAACUGAAAGAAGCACUUCUCACUGUCCCAGCAGAUGGAAUGUAUGAUUACCAGCAUACCUGGAGUGCCGUAUCUGAUGCAGGAAAGCCCAUCAUAAGAGCAGGCUUUGAUUUUGCUAGGGACCUCUUAUCAGACGAUGAUUUUCGAGAGGUGCUUGAUAGAAGAUAUCAUGAUCUUUACAACCUUGCAAAUGAACUUGAGAUACCACCAGAAAAUGAUCUUCAAAGUGUAUCAGAAAAUAACGCAAUAGUUGAUCCAUCAUUCAGUGGGAUAGCUAAAGGAGUGGAGCAAGUUUUACAGAGGCUAAAGAUCAUUGAACAGGAGAUUAGAGAUUUGAAGCAAGAGAUCCAAGGGUUGAGAUACUACGAGCACAGGCUUCUGCUUGAACUUCAUCGCAAAGUUGAUCAUCUAGUCAACUAUAAUGUUCAAAUUGAAGAAAGGAAAGUGCCUAAUAUGUUCUUCUUUGUCAGAACAGAAAACUACUCCAGAAGACUUGUAACCACUAUUGUUUCAGGAAUGACUGCCAUGAGACUCCACAUGUUGUGUGAGUUUAGGAGAGAAAUGCACGUGGUAGAAGAUCAAAUGGGGUGUGAAAUUAUGCAAGUUGAUAACCUGGCAGUUAAAUGCUUAGCACCCUACAUGACAAAGUUUAUGACAUUGUUAACAUUCGCGCUAAAAAUAGGUGCACAUUUGGCUACAGGAAUGGGAGCAAUGAUACCUGAUUUGGGCCGAGAAGCUUCCCAUCUGCUCAAUUCUUCGCUUCUGACAGGGGCAGCUGGUGCAGCUGGAGCAGCAGCUUUCGGAGCAAUGGCAGUAGGGAGUAGCAGUAGGAUGAGACAGAGAUCACGAGAUAUUCAGCAGGAUCAGAGAGCUGCACAACAGUGGGUUCUGGAUUUCUUGAGGGACCGAGAGUGUUCAACUGGAAGAGAUAUCGCGGAGAAGUUUGGACUGUGGAGAGUUAAGUAUAGAGAUACAGGCCAGGUUGCAUGGAUUUGUAGGAGACACAUGAGUUUAAGGAACAAUGAAAUAAUUGAAGUCCCCCUUUAAAACUUGCUGUUUUGAAACAAAUUACUAUUCUAGAUUGCUUCUAUUUUGAUGAAAUGUCUUGUUUUUAUGUCCUGUAGAAGCCACCAAUCUUCAUAAUCUGUUAUGAUCUCUUCUGGUUGGAGUGCUUUCAGAUUUCAA